AUGGCAGCAGCGUCAUCGUCCUUGAUUCGCGAUGCUGCGGAAAAAGUCAAAGGCGCCGACUACCUCUUGAUCAUGACGGGCGCUGGCUUUUCAGCGGACUCUGGGCUGCCAGUGUACAUGGAUAUUGCCAACGUAGAUGCGUACAGCAAGAUGGGAGUCGAAUACCACGACCUCUGCGAUCCGUGCUGGAUUCGUGACGAUUUGCCAGUGUUUUAUGGAUUUUGGGGCGACUGCUUCAACAUGUAUCGAGACACCACUCCCCACGCUGGCUACGAAAUCUUACAGCGCUGGAAGGCUCGGGUGAUGGCCAAGUCCGGCGUAGCUAGCCAUGACGACAACAGCAGCGCAUCAACAACGACCCCCGAUCCUUUCUUCUCGUUCACGUCCAACGUGGACGCGCACUUUUUGAAGUUCUUUCAGCCCAACGAAGUGUACGAAAUCCACGGCAACACCGAGCAUUGGCAAUGCGCGAACCGGACCUGCUCCAAGGCGAUUUGGACGCUUCCGUCUGCUUUCCGCUUUGAAGUGGACACCGACACGAUGCUUGCGUCGCACACUGACGCUGCAGAGGGCUUGGCCUGUCCAGAAUGCGGCGGCCCCGCGCGCCCCAACGUGCUCAUGUUUGGGGAUGCCGAUUGGAUUCCGAAUACGACCGACGAACGUCGAUACAGGGAAUGGAUCGCCCGUGUUCAGGACGCGUUAAGUGCGGACAGCUCGAAGCGGCUGGUGAUUCUCGAAAUUGGAUGCGGCACCCGGGUGUGUAGUGUGGUGCCAACCACGAAGAGACGGACUGUAACGCUACACAUUAGGUGCCAUCAGUACGCAUUCAAAGUGAGCAGGUUUUGCUGUACAUGCUGAGAACGACCAGAAGCCACAGCCGCCUUGCUGACACGGGCGACUACCAAGCGCAUUUGAUUCGCGUGAACCCGGACAUGGAAGACGACGAGUUCGAGUGGCAGGGUUGUGACGGCCACCAGUUGCCGCCCAUGACCAAGAUCGAAGGCUUCGGCUUGGCCACGCUGCUAGCCAUCGACCAGGAGAUCGUCGGCUCGGAUGCGUAGAUACUGAUAUCACGUGUCUUGACACCAGCGUUGGUGUUUUCUCAUGCGUGUAGAACCUCCUUGGAUGAACACAUAAUAAAAUAUGGUCACCAUCUAA